UGGGCUCCCAUAUCCAAUCCCAGUAUAUAUAUGUGUGCGCUUUCUAUUAAGUCUCACUUCAACAUAAUUCAUCAAUGGCAUCUACCAAAGUUCAAAUCCCAACCAUAGAAUUUUCCAAUAUAAAACCAAACUCUCCAAAUUGGGAAUCAACAAAAAUUCAAGUUUUUGAAGCCUUACAAGAAUAUGGUUGUUUUGAAGCAAUAUAUAAUAAUAUUCCAAAUGAAAUUAGAGAGGCCAUGUUUGCUACUUCAAAAGAAAUAUUUGAAUUUCCUCUAGAAACCAAAAUGAAAAAUUUAUCAAAGAAACCAUUUCAUGGCUAUGCGGGGAUGAUUCCAGACUUACCAUUGUUUGAGAGUUUGUGUAUUGCUGAUUUGCUUAAUCCUCAAAGUGUUGAAAAUUUUGCAAAUAUAUUUUGGCCUCAUGGUAAUUCUGAUUUUUGCAAUUUGGUAAACUCCUAUUCAAAUCCACUUGUGGAAUUGGAUGCAAUGGUGAAAAGGAUGAUUUUGGAGAAAUUGGGAUUACAAAAUUACAUUGAUGAAUUUUUGGAUCACAAAUAUUUCCUAUUUAGAUUUACACGUUACAAGGCAUUAUCAACUAUUAGUGGUGCUGAAAAUAGUAAUCCUGUUGGAUUAAAUGGCCACACAGAUGGUACCAUCAUGACUAUAAUAUCACAAAAUCAAGUCAAUGGAUUGCAAAUCAACAAAAAUAAUGAGUGGAUUGAUGUCAAUAUUUCACCAAAUUCUUAUGCUGUUUUGGCUGGUGAUUCCUUCAAAGCAUGGACAAAUGGUCGAUUACAUUCUCCUAUCCACAGAGUAAAAACGACCGGAGAAAGCGAUAGAUUGUCCAUUCAAUUAUUUUCAUUACCAAAACCAGGUCACUUCACAGAGGCUCCAAAAGAACUUGUUGAUGAAGAACAUCCGUUACUCUUCAAACCAUUUGAAACACUUGAAUUGUUUGAGUAUCUUACUUCGCAUGCUGGUGAUAGUGCUCCCGGUGAAACUUUGAAGGCUUAUUGUGGUGUUUGAUACGUUAGAAAAACGUGAAUUUUUUAUGGACGUUUUUGGUACAAUAUCCAAAACGUCCAUCAAAAAUGUUUUCGACUAGUCAUUGCCAGUGGAUUCUGUUGGGAAUUGAAUUUGUGUUUUUAUUGGUGAAGCUUUCAAGGUUUAUUGCGGUGUUUGGUACGUUAGAAAAAUGACGAUUUUUGAUGGACGUUUUUAGUAUAUUAUCGUUACUCUAGAUGGUGUUAUGAAAUUUCUGAUAGAAUGUUCGUUAAAAAUAUUUUUGAUAAGUCAUUUCCAAUAGUUUUUGUUGGAAAUUCGUGUGUGUAUCUUAUGAUUGAAUUGUUGUAGCUCUUAAACUUUAAUGUUCGAUUUUUUUUUAAUUUUUA